AGUAUAAAUUGGCACUAGGGUUUGGAAUCACAGAGUUUCUCGUUUUCCUUUCCUUUGGCAGCCGCAAGUAGCUUGAAGGUAAAACCCCUACUCCUCCAAUCCUGUCGCUUGAUCGUUCAAUCAGCUCUUCGGAUUUCUAACUCCACAGGUUCUGUUGCUUUCUUUCUCCGGUAGGAAAUGGCUCCCGCCGCGAAGAGUGGUUUGGCCGUCGGUCUGAACAAGGGGCACAUCGUCACCAAGCGGGAUUUGCCGCCCCGUCCAUCUGACAGAAAGGGGAAAACAAGCAAGAGGGUUCAUUUGGUGAGGAACCUUAUCAGGGAAGUUGCUGGAUUCGCACCGUACGAUAAGAGGAUCACUGUGCUUUUGAAGGUCGGUAAGGACAAGAGAGCGUUGAAGCUGGCCAAGAGAAAGCCCAGAACCCACAAGAGGGCCAAGAAGAAGAGAGAGGAGAUGUCCACCGCACUCCGCAAGAUGAGGUGA